AUGCCCGUCCCCUCUGGACACCUCGGCAACUUGUCGCCCGAGCAAGAAGCGAAACUACGCGAAUUUUGGGCCGCGACACUGAAAAUAUUUGGAGUUGAAGACCCUCAUCAUUUGAACGUCGCCGAUUUGUCUCUGGCUGAUGAGGACACGCAAUCGAUAUCUGAGGUAGAUGGUAAAGAUAAGAAGAAAAGCAAGAAGCGGUUGGGUCUGUUCAAGAAGAAGGAUAAGGAUUCAAGCAAUGGAUCGGCUACUCCUACCAAAGAUCCCAGUCACCAUGCCGACUCCGAUGACAAAUACGGCCAGUAUAAAGAGUUUCAGGAUAUAAUUGCGACUCAGAACCCCGAGUCCAUACGUGCCACCUUCUGGAGUAUGGUCAAAGCCGAUCAUCCAGAUGCCCUCCUAUUACGGUUUCUCCGAGCGCGAAAAUGGGAUGUCCAAAAGGCGCUAGUCAUGCUGGUGUCUACAAUGCGAUGGCGAAGUAAAGAGCAGCACGUUGAUGACGAUAUCAUCUUGCGAGGAGAAGGUGGUGCGCUUGAAGACUCACAGUCUUCCGAUCCAGCAGUCAAAAGAGAGGGCACGGAUUUCCUUACUCAGUUGAGAAUGGGAAAGAGCUUUCUACAUGGCACAGAUAAAGAAGGACGUCCGUUGUGCUUUGUCCGAGUAAGGUUGCACAAAGGAGGAGAACAGACAGAACGGAGUUUGGAACGAUAUACGGUUUAUGUGAUUGAAACAGCUAGGCUUGCUUUGAGGCCUCCGGUGGAAACUGCUUGUAUAGUAUUCGACAUGACUCAUUUCAGCAUGGCCAAUAUGGAUUAUACACCCGUCAAAUUCAUGAUUAAAGUCUUCGAAGCGAAUUAUCCGGAGUCGUUGGGAGCGGUCCUUGUACAUAAAUCGCCCUGGAUAUUCCAGGGCGUAUGGAAGAUCAUUCGAGGCUGGCUCGAUCCUGUUGUUGCUGGAAAGGUUCACUUUACAUCUGACGUGCAUGAUCUGGAGAAGUUCAUUCCCAAGUCUCAGAUCAUCAAGGAGCUGGACGGUGAAGAAGCUUGGGAGUAUAAGUAUGUGGAUCCGAUACCUGGCGAGAACGAUGCCAUGAAGGAGGAAGCCCCACGAAAAGAGUUGGAAACAGAAAGGCACAACGAGGUGCUAGAGUACCAGCAGAAGACUUUUGAAUGGAUUGCACAAGGCAUGGGACCCGAUGCGGACAAGAUCAAAGAAACAAGAAACGCCCUUGCCGGGAGCUUGAAUCAGAACUACUGGAAGUUGGACAAGUACAUUCGUGCCAGGACGAUAUACGACCGUACUGGUAUGAUAUCCCCAGAUGGCAAGAUCAACUUCUACCCACCCACACAUGGAAAGGGAAGCAAUCAAGCCGUUGCGCCCACGUCGAAUAUAUCAAAGACGGACACCAGUGCGGAUGAUGUCGAUUGA